UAUAAUUAGGUUUUGCACUCUCGAUAUAUCAACCUUUUUAGUUGGAAUUAUUUAAAUCAAAACUUUAUUAUGACAACAAAGACGCUUCAAUUUCGAAACUACAGAUCAAAUAUCAUUUCAAGACAUAUCAAUUUUGCUGUUUAGUGGUUAUAAUUUGCUGAAUAUUUAAAAGGAAACAUAUCAAAUAUGGAGUCUCGGUUUUUCCACGUGGCAGAUUAUAUCGUGUUUACUGGGGUUGUUGUGUUAUCAAUCAGCAUCGGAAUUUUUCAUGCCCUGUCAGGUGGGAAUCAAAUGACCACUUCAGAAUAUCAUCUGGGAAACCGGAGGAUGUCAAUAAUUCCUGUGGCCAUCUCCUUAAUAGUUUCAUUUGAAUCCUCAAUUAUGAUGCUCGGAACACCUGCAGAAAUAUAUGUGUUCGGUAUACAGAACAUUAUGUGGGCCUUUGGAUGGUUUAUUGCCAAUUUACUUUCGAUUAAACUGAUGGUGCCUUUGAUUCACCCUCUGAAAAUCACGAGCGCUUAUGAGUAUUUAGAAUUACGAUUUCAGUCCCAUGCUGUGCGCAUGUUCGGUACUAUGCUUGGAAUGAUUCAUUAUACUAUAUAUAUGGGAAUCGUAUUAUACGGGCCAGCAAUUGCAUUAGAGGCAGUUAUGGGAUUUCCACAGAUUGCCUCGAUUGUGAUUGUAGCCGUUGCUGCUGUAAUAUAUACGUCUGUGGGUGGAAUAAAAGCUGUUAUAUGGACAGAUGUCUUCCAGAGUUUAAUAAUGGUAGUUGGUAUAACGGCAGUUUUGAUCCAAGGUACAAUUUUAAGUGGAGGGGUGAAAUCAACAUGGAGUAUAGCCAAUGAUAAUGGCCGUCUAAACUUUUUUGUUUGGGAUACUGAUAUUACUAGACGUCAUACAUUCUGGAAUUUGUUUGUCGGCAGCAUUAUCAAAGGCACCGGAAUGAUCUUUGAUCAAGCAUCUGUUCAACGAAUUUGUUCUACACCAACCCUAAAAGAUGCUAAAAGAGUGAUGCUGAUUGUCUCUCCGGUGUUUUUGAUAACAGUUUCCAUGGCCUGCUUUGAAGGAAUAGUUGCUUACUCUUAUUACAACACGUUGGGAUGCGACCCUUUAAAAUCAAAACAAAUUACAAAUCCUAACCAGAUAAUUCCAUACAUGGUAAUGGAUAUCUUCAAUAGGGUUCCAGGAAUGCCCGGAUUAUGUAUGGCUUCAUUAUUUAGCGCAUCACUGAGUACAUUAUCAUCAGGUCUCAGCAGUUUAUCAGCUCUGUUUUGGCAGGAUAUAGUUAAACCUCAUACGAAACCAAUGUCUGAAUUUAAGGCAACCAUUAUUUCUAAAGUUGCAGUAAUAGUAUUUGGUUUUGUUGCAAUUUCUAUGGCUCUGCUGGUUUCUAUUAUUGGAGGUACUUUGACUCAGAUAGGAGGUACUAUAUUAGCUAUUGUUGGAGGUCCAUUGACUGGAUUGUUUCUUCUUGGUUGUUUCUGUCCAUGGGCUAAUGCUAAGGGUGCAAUUAUUGGUACAUUAUCUGGAAUAGCUCUCAUUACGUGGAUAAUAACAGGCCAGUACACGUCACCAAACGUACGACAGGCAGUGCCAUUACCAUCAGCACCUGUUGAUCAGUGUUACCUACCUCUAGGGAAUAUAUCAGCAAUGUACAACAUGACAUCACCAGUCUCCAUGCCUUAUUAUGUAGAAUCUGAUAUAUUAACUACAGACAUUCCUCAAACAGAUAAUAUACCGAGUGGUAUAGAUUAUUUUUACUCGAUUGCCUAUCCAUGGUUUGGAGUGAUUGGUAUAUUUACUGUAAUGAUUGUUGGUAGUAUAAUUAGCUUUCUGACAGGUUAUACAAAGCCAGAAGAAUCAAAUCCAUUGUAUUUAAUAUCGGCGGUGGAUGAAUUCUUUUUCUUUUUGCCAAAAUCUGUUAAAAAAGUUAUGAAAUUUGGAUACAUUUAUAAAAAAACAGAGAUACACGAAGAGAAAAAUGAAAAUUCGCUUCAAGGACAUACGUCAGCUUUGAUUAGGAAUUCGAUGAAUAAACAUGAUUUAAAUAAUGUGAAUACAGCUUUAUUGACAGAAAAUAACAACAGCGCCAUGGCAUACCGGUCGUUUUACUUGGCAGACUAUAUUAUAUUUGCCAUUACCAUCGUGCUCUCAGUCGGAAUUGGCCUCUAUCAUGCAUUUGCCGGUGGAAAACAAAAAACGACAUCCGAGUUUCACCUUGGAAACCGUAAGAUGGCAAUCAUUCCGGUCGCCAUUUCAUUGUUAGUGUCGUUUGAAUCAUCAAUCAUGAUGCUUGGAGUUCCAGCAGAAACAUACGUGUUUGGGAUUCAGAAUAUAAUGGGCAAUUUUGGAUGGUUUGUUGCAAAUCUGCUCGCAAUUAAAAUAAUGGUACCGUUGAUACAUCCCCUGAAGAUUACUAGUGCUUAUGAGUAUUUGGAAUUACGAUUUAAUUCCCAUGCUGUGAGAAUGCUUGGUACAAUUCUUGGAAUGCUGAAUUAUGCUUUGUAUAUGGGUAUUGUACUGUUUGGACCAGCAAUUGCAUUAGAAGCGGUAAUGGGUUUCCCUCAGUUUGCUUCAAUCAUCAUAGUUGCAAUAGCUGCUGUAAUAUAUACUUCUAUGGGUGGAAUAAAAGCUGUUAUAUGGACCGAUGUCUUCCAGAGUUUUGUAAUGCUCGCUGGUAUUAUGGCAAUUCUGAUAAAGGGUACCAUUGUAAGUGGAGGUGUAAAGUCAACUUGGACGAUUGCCAAUGACAAUGGACGACUUAACUUUUUUGUGUGGGACACAGACAUCACAAGACGACACACAUUUUGGAAUUUAUUUGUUGGCAGUAUUCUUCGAGGAACUGGAUUAAUAUUUAAUCAAUCGUCUGUUCAGAGGAUCUGUUCUACACCAACUCUCAAAGAUGCUAGAAAAGUGAUGAUAUUUGUUUCGCCAGCAUUCCUCAUAACAAUAGCCAUGGCAUGCUUCGAGGGGAUCGUUGCUUACUCAUACUACCACACACUUGGUUGUGACCCACUCAAAUCGAAACAAAUCACAAAUCCAAAUCAGAUAGUACCGUUUAUGGUCAUGGAUAUUUUCGAUGGUAUACCAGGAAUGCCAGGGUUGUUUAUGGCUUCGUUAUUCAGUGCAUCACUAAGUACGUUGUCGUCUGGUCUCAGCAGUUUAUCAGCUCUAUUUUGGCAGGAUUUAAUUAAGCCUCAUACAAAACCGAUGUCAGAAUUGAAAGGGACAAUCAUUUCUAAAGUUGCAGUCAUAGUGUUUGGAAUCGUGGCUGUUUGCGUAGCACUCUUGGUGUCUCUCAUUGGUGGAACAUUAACACAGAUAACUGGAACCAUUUUAGCAGCAGUUGGUGGGCCGCUCACUGGUUUAUUUCUUUUGGGAUGUUUCUGCCCUUGGGCAAACGCCAAGGGGGCGUUUAUUGGAACAAUUUCGGGAAUUGUAUUGAUCACGUGGAUAACAACGGGCCAGUACAUAUCACCUAAUGUCCGUAAAGCUGUACCAUUACCAUCAGCUCCUGUAAACCAGUGUUAUGCACCCUUGACAAACAUAACAUCACUGUACAAUGUGUCAACACAGACUCCAGUAUAUGACUACCAUUCCACUGUUUUAACAACAGAAUCUCCGAUGAUUAACCACAUACCGAGUGGUAUAGAUUAUUUUUAUUCCAUUGCCUAUCCAUGGUUCGGUGUGAUUGGUAUAUUUGCUGUAAUGAUUGUUGGCAGUAUUUUUAGUUUUCUGACAGGUUAUACAAAACCAGAAGAGUCCAAUCCAAUGUACUUAAUAUCAAUCACAGAUGAACUUUUAUUCUUCUUACCAGAGUCUGUAAAGAAGGCUAUGAGAUUAGGUUAUAACUAUAAAAAACCAGAGAUGUAUGACGAGAAAGACACAAUGUAUGAUAAGACAGUGUAUGUUGCGAAUGAAUUAGACAGACAACAAGGCAAGAAUGACGAGGAGACAAAUAAUCACGUGAACAAUGAAAACAGUGCUUUAAUAAAUGUAUUGAACGAACAUCAUACUAAAUCAAAUAAUAGUUUGAAGAAAGCAGACUGCGAUUCCAACAACGGAAGCUUGCCUCUUUUAUCUGAGAAUUCUACUCACCAAGGUGAAAUAGUACACAAUGAAAGUAAAACUUAAAGGAAAACGACACUUGCCACGAAAUCUCUCUUGAUUGAUGAUCAGUUUAUCACUAAAUCACAAGUGCAAGAAAACUUUAGCAGCCGAUUUACAUGGAUGACCAGUUUUAAAGGGGUUUACUAUGUUUUUAGUAGAGUAUAGAUUAAAUUAAAUCAGAAUAUUUA